AUGUUCCCGACACUCGCCCGUAUGAACGCCGCCGCGCCCGGCGCCAAGACGCACUACCUCAUCCGCCUUGUCCGUUCCCCCAUCGGUCUCCCCGCGCGCUCAAAGGCCAACCUCGAGGCUCUCGGCCUUUACCGUCUGCACCAGAAGGUGCUUCAGAAGCACGACGUGACCGCCGCCGGAAAGAUCCUCAAGGUCAAGGAGCUUGUUGUCGUUGAGAACGUCGAGUACGAGGAGGGCCUCAAGGCGCUCGCCAGGAGACGGCCCGAGGGCUCCGGUGUCGAGGUCAUCGGCAAGUACUAG